AGUGGCAAUCCACAACCCAACACACAUCCCUCUGCUUAGUGUCACCUCCCAAAUUCCUCACACUUGUUGGAUUUGUACACUCUGUUUCACCAACUCCCGAAUCCACAUGUACACCACUGAUCCUGAUGAUUCCUCGCCCCAAUAGAAGCCCCGCCGCCACUCCUUCUCCGCAGCCUCGAAACCGCCCUCUCUCCGCCAGAAACCUCGCCGCCUCGCUGUGGCGCUCCACUGCUGCCGGCGGCACCGCCUCUUUUGAUCGCCUCUGUUUUCAGUUUCCGACUCACAAUUUGGAAGGAGCUACGAAAUGGGAUUGCUCUGACUAUUUUAAAUCUCGAAAACAUGUAAAUGAAGUCGAAACGGGGCGAAUGAGGAUGAUGGAAGUGAUCGAGAACAUGGCCGAUGGUGUUAGAGCCGAGAGGAGGAUUUGUAAAGAUAUAAAGAAGAUGAAUGCAUCUCUUCUCCGCGACAUUGGUGAUGUUAAGUCAUCAGCAGUGAAGCUCCUCCACAAUCUCCAGAGGGAGAGGAAGGCGCGAGUGGAGUUAGAGGGCGCGUGCUAUGGUCUAGCAAGAGAGAUCGAAGGAAGAAGGGCGGAAACAUUGGCCUUGAGGGAACAACAACAAAGGGUUAGAUUGGAAGUUGAAAAGGAGAGGAGAAUGAGGCAAAUGGCUGAGGUUUGGAGGGAGGAGCAAGCGCAGAUCAAGUUAGCCGAGGCAAACGUUAUACUAGAGGAUAAGUAUGCCGAGGUAAACGGCCUCAUAGCCGAGCUCAAAGCAUUCCUGACAAGUUCAGAUUCAAACUCAAAUGCAGAAAUUCUAAGUGAGGUUUUUGGCCUUGUGAUGACCAAAGGUGCUAAGGAGUCAAACAACGCGCGAAAAAGUGAAGCUGGAACGAGGAGUGGCGGUCAUGGUGAGGGAUCGAUGAAUAAAGGCUCAAGCACUGGUCAAAUUUGCUCAGCAAAGGCUAAAGGCUCAUCAAGGGUGAUCAAUGGGUGUUCGGCUAGGAGGAAUCCGCACAUCGUUCGAGCUAUGAAGGGGCAUAUUGAGUGGCCGAGGCUUGGCUCGGGAAGCCAAGUUGGAGAGCCAGAAAAUGGUGCUGAGGCACAAGGCUUAAAAGUUUGAUUAUAUUUACUUAGAUCACACUAUACAUACUUUGUUCAUUUCUUGUUAGAGUAAUUGAGUCAUCUUGUCCUUGACUAUUUUGCAUGAUAAAUGGGUCCCUUUUACCUCAA